AUGGAUCUGCAAUCGCUGCUGCUCGAUAGCAGCUUGGACCUGGUCACCAAGACAAAUGCUGUUGAGGCGGUGCAGGCUUGGGAUGUUACUAAGGUCACGGACAAUUUCGAGAUGCUUUGGAGUGCUCUCAGCCAACCCAUACUUGAUGUGAUGGCACCCAUGCCGCUUCGAUUAGCGGCCUUACAAGCGUCCGCAUCGUUGAUCAGCGUUUGCACGAACCAAGACAUGCUUACGCCGUUCUUUACCACCUUCUCCUUCCACGCCAAGACGCUCUACGAGGCGGCUGUAGAACGACUCGCACAGGCCUUUGACCGCACUGCCGUAGCGGCGCCCAGCCCACGCGAUCUCUUGGAGCUGCUGGGAGAACAAAGGAGGUGCGUGAUAUUCUUCGAGAGAUGCAAGACGGCGAUGGAGUCAAUGUCCCUCGAGCGCGACGCCAUAGUGCUGACCGUCUUCCUCGACCACUUCUUCUCCGUUGUCAACCCCGCCAUCUCUCGGUCAACCGAGCUCUUGUCCAAGUUGUCCGGCGCUGGCAUACAAGGCCCCGAAGCUGCGACACUGACGCAGGAGGCCAACGCCCUGUUCACAAGCGCGCUGACAUUGCUGUCUCAGUUCGUCCCCCUCCACCUCAAGAUGUUCCCUCCUUCGCCUUCGCCCUCGCAAAUGCCGCAACCCUACGACGACCCGGAGCUCCUCUACGUCAUGCAACAGAUCAUCGCGAUCGGCGACAAGUGUGCCAAGAACGUCAAGGUCCAGACAGCCGUGUGGAAGCUCGUCCGGGAGAUCACCCUCAUGCACCCCUACCGACUACAGAACCCAGCCCUGCUCAACCGAGUCGUCACGCUGUGCGUCCUGAAGGUGCAGUCGAGUUGGAACGCAGCGAUGCCAUGCGCGCCGCGCCUGGUGCUGAGUCGUGAGCGCGCCGGCGAGCUGGUGUCCAAGGGCGAUGAAAAGGCCUUUGAGAACAAGGUCAAGGCCUGCCGUUUCCUGCUGUCCGUGAUGGGCAUACUCUCUCGCUCAUACGCCCAGGCACAUAAGGCCGCCUCCGCGGUGUAUAAGACCGUGGCCAAGCUGCUGGAGAUGUUCGCGAUUCGCGUUGGCGGCGAGGAUCCGCUUUCCGCGCCCAAGCUCCAGAUUCUGCUCUAUCUCUGCCAGAACCUCCCGCCGUCGAUUCUCUUUCCGCAGGCCGUCGCGGUGCUCUAUUGGAUAAUGAACGGCGUGGAGACGUGCUGUGCCCAAGUGCUCAAGAACGGGCUCGAGAGCGUGGCGGUGCCGACGUCCGCCCUAAUCUACUCCCUCAGUCGGAAAGGUCCCCAGAUGCUGCAGGAAGUGGAGUGCUUCCUGUUUCAGCACCUGUUCCACCCCCACUUCCUGUGCUCGCAGCUGGCCGUGGAGCUCCACAGUUUUGUGCUCAGCAACGCUGACGAGGCGCUCCAGCGACGGCACAUCCAGCUGCUCGCCAAUCUGAUCAAAACGGGCGGCAGCCGCGUGGUGGAGUCCCUCGCUCCGCUCUUCCCAUUCCUCGUCAACUCCGUCUCGUCGUCGGCCAAGGAAUUCCUGCUGCGUGAGCUCACGGAAGAUUUGCUCAAUGGACAAACCAAGAGCGCCGCAUCAGAGGAGGCGAUACUCUAUCGACUGGCCGCAUUCCUGCCGGCGUGGACGAUGCGACCGGGCGCUACCGAGCCUCUCACCACCGGCACCGAUGCUCUCCUUGGCCAAAUCGCUCGCCUGUGUAUCAGCGUCGCGGAGUGCCUGGUGGCGUUAAUGGCCUACGAGCGGCUGCCGGAGCGGGACUCCACGGCGCGCACCCUGCUGGAGUCCCUGGGCGACCUGCUGCGCAACGUGACCGAGGACCCGCUCAAGUACCACGCUCUCCACCUGCUCCCGAGCCUCGUCGACCUCUCUGUCCUCAUCCCCGCCUUCUCGCCCGACAUGCUGCCCAACUUUUUGGUGGGCUACGGGCAGGUGAUGAGCACGUUUCCGUCGACAAAGCCGGCGGUGGCGCAGUUCUUGGCGAGGUGCCACGUCAGGCUGCGGGCGGACAUGCAGGACCGCGUGCUGCGCAGCUGCGCGGGCCUCUUCCAGCAGCUGCUGGCCGACGGCGACUGGACCAUGGACGACGCCCAAGUGGCCGACCACGUCGCAGCAGGGCUGGCCAACUACACCAAGGAGCGACUCGCCCAGGCCCAGGCCUGCCUGCUGGGGAGCAGUUCGGCGUCGGGCCAGGAGUCGGUGGAGAAGGCGCUGGCGCUGCUGGCCAAGGCUGCGGCCAUCGUGUCCACGCUGCCGCCCUCGGCCCUCUCCUCGCACGCCCCGCAGUUCCAGGCCCAGCUGGCCCAGCUCUGCCAACUGUUGCCCCCUGCCGACCCGGCCACCGUCGUCAUCAACCUCGAAUGA